AUGGGUGCCAUUCCGGAACACGACCCCGACGAGCCCGUCGAGACCAAGCCCUUCAAGUUCGUUACUGGUAUGUCUGCCCACUCCCCCUCCUGUGAAAACGCUGUUAACAUUUUCCGAACGCGAUCACAGGUUUCGACGCCCGUUUCCCUCAGCAGAAUCAGACCAAGCACUGCUGGCAGAACUACGUCGACUACUACAAGUGUGUCGAGGCCAAGGGUGAAGACUUCCGCCCUGCAAGCAGGUACUUUGACCCACACGACCAUCAGACCACGACAAAAGCUGAUUGAUUUCCAGUUCUACCACGCUUUCCGCUCUCUCUGCCCCAAGGCCUGGACCGACCGCUGGGACGGCCAGCGCGAGGCCGGCAACUUCCCUGCCCACCUUGACCGGUAA